CCUGAGUCCCUGGACCCCCGCACUCUUCGGCUGCUGUGGGGGCAGCGAGAACUGGAGAUCCAGGCCCUGCGAUGGGCCAUCCAGAAUGGCCAAGAUGCUCGGCACUGUCACAUCCUGCAGGAGGUGGCAGGGUGUCUACCUGAGAGGAGCCCCCGCAGUCAGGAAAAGCUCCUGCAGAAACAAGUCCAGAAGCUGACCCAGGAGCUGCAGGAACAGAAGGAAAAAGCCCAGCUGGAAAAGGAGUGUUUGGAGGAGCGGCUGCUGCAGACCAUCCACGUGCUGCAGCAGCUGGAAACGGAGCUGCAGGCCUUCCAGAAAUCUUGCCUUCUGCAGCUGGCCCGCUCCUCGUGGGUGGGCCGCAUACUCCGAUCCCAGACCGGCAGUGUGGAGGUGGUGACGGCUGAGACUCUGAUGGACCCCAGCGACUCCUCUGAGAAUGAUCAGGCCCCUGCUGCCAAGGAGGGUUUCCGGCUGGAGGACGUGGACUGGAACAGCAUCGCCCACCGGUACCCCAACCUCUUCACCAACUUAGAGUCCAACUCAGAACAAAAGCAGCCCUGGCCCACAACGCUGGACAUGCCAAGCUGGGAGUCACACCGCCAGCGUGUGGAGGGGUCUCACAAGAGCGUUGAGUGGAGCUCCCUGCCCUGUGUGGGUACCAGCAGUUCGGGGGGCGUCGACUCCAAGUCCGACUCCAGCGGCCACCAUCUGGCCGUGCAUUCUCAAGUUCAGAAGGUGACAGGGCACCCACCCCGGGAGAGGCACUGUGCUUCUGAGCAGAUGGAGGCCCAGGCGAGGAGCUUCAGUGGAGACUGGUCCUCGGGGACAGAAGGUGGAAUCUUGGAAAACUCCGCUCAGACCGGACGGGCAAGACCCACCUGGCGCCUGAGCCCCGCGCAGACCCUGAGCACUGGUGUUCCCCGCACGGGCAGCGGUGAGGGCACGGGCGGGAGCGGGACCCCUGGCCGCGCGCGGGAGGGCGGCCGUCGGGCGCAUCUCCGCACAGCGGCCCCGCCCCGCCCCAGCCUGCAGAUCGUGGCCGUGAGCCGCCGCGACAAGUUCGUCCGCGUCGCCAACCGGUCGCGGGAGCAGACGGCCGACCUGAGCGGCUUCGUGCUGCAGCAGCGCGUGCGCGGCUUCCCGGUGUGCGCGUUCCGCUUCCCGCCCGGCUCGCUGCUGGCGCCACGGCACCACGUCACGGUUUGGGGCGAGGGGCCCAGCGGCGCCGAGCAGCGGCCGCGCGUGACCCUGCUCCUGAGCCCCCAGGGCGAGGUCCUCAGCGAGCACCGGCCCCCACACCGCGUGACCCCGGUCUCGAGCGUCUUCGCCGACCUCACCGACGUGUCCAUCGACCGCUUCCCGCUCUCUGAAGCCGGGCGGGACGCGGACGCCGCCGAGCAGCCGCGCCGGCCUCGACCCCCGCGCAAGGGCCGGGUGCGGGAGGCCCGGGCUGGGCGCCGGAGGCCGCGGACGCGCAGCAUCCUGCCGCCGCUGAGCUCCGGGAAGCGCCCCCAGCCGCGGGAGGCGUCUGCGCCGCCCGAGGGCACCGAGACCCAGACGCCGGCGCCGCUGCCCGCCCUCCCGGGUGAGCGGGGCCGCACUGCCGGCCUGAGCCCCUCGUCAUUGUCCUGCGCAGCGGCCGGGAAGGAGCGCAGGGUCCGGGUGUGCCGGAGGAGCGUGGACCGCAGCUGCCCGAUGGUGGCGCUGUCGGUGCAGAGCGCGGCCGAGAGCAGGUUCGGCUUCCGCUUCUUCAGCUGCCCGCCGCGCACCACGGACGCGCGCCGGACGACCUAGGAAGCAGCCGCUGCCCUGCACCAUUUAUUGAACCAACGUUGCCUGCAAA